AUGCGCUCCGGUCUCUCCACGCCUUCAGAGGCAUUAGAGAUGCCUUCUAGCACAGAGGCGGCGACCGAUGAAUGUGACGACGCGGAGCUCCGGUGCCGGGUAGCUGUAGAAGAGCUGAGUCCUGGAGGGCAACCUCGCAAGCGCCAGGCCCUGCGCGCCGCAGAGCUGAGCCUAGGUCGAAACGAACGCCGUGAGUUAAUGCUGCGACUGCAGGCACCGGGACCCACGGGGCGGCCACGCUGUUUCCCGCUACGCGCCGUGCGCCUCUUCACCCGCUUCGCUGCGACUGGGCGCAGCACGUUGCGGCUCCCCGCCGAUGGCGUUCCUGGAGCUGGCUCAGUGCAACUGCUGCUCUCCGACUGCCCCCCGGAGCGCUUGCGCCGCUUCCUGCGCACGCUGAGCCUGAAGCUGGCGGUCGCCCCUGGGCCGGGACCCGCCUCUGCCCGCGCACAAUUGCUCGGCCCGCGGCCCCGAGACUUUGUCAACAUCAGUCCAGUGCAGCCAGAGGAACUGCGGCGUGCUGCAGCGACCAAGGCUCCAGAUUCUGCGCUGGAAAAGCGGCCAAUGGAAUCCCAGGCUAGUACGGAAGCUCCAAGGUGGCCCCUGCCUGUGAAGAAGCUGCACAUGCCCUCCACCAAACGGAAGCUUUCUGAAGAGCAGGCCGCUGUGCUGAGGAUGGCUCUGAAAGGCCAGAGCAUUUUCUUCACUGGGAGUGCAGGGACAGGAAAGUCCUACCUGCUGAAACAUAUCCUGGGUUCCUUGCCCCCUACUGGUACUGUGGCCACUGCUAGCACCGGGGUGGCAGCCUGCCACAUUGGAGGCACCACCCUUCAUGCCUUUGCAGGCAUCGGCUCAGGCCAGGCUCCCCUGGCCCAGUGCGUGGCCCUGGCCCAUCGGCCAGGUGUGCGGCAGGGCUGGCUGAACUGCCAACGUCUGGUCAUCGACGAGAUCUCCAUGGUGGAGGCAGACUUCUUUGACAAGUUGGAAGCUGUGGCCAGAGCUGUCCGGCAACAGAAGAAGCCAUUUGGAGGGAUCCAGCUCAUCCUCUGUGGGGACUUCCUACAGUUGCCACCAGUGACCAAAGGCUCCCAGCAGCCUCGGUUCUGCUUUCAGGCCAAGAGCUGGAGGAGGUGUGUGCCAGUGAUUCUGGAGCUGACUGAGGUGUGGAGGCAAGCAGACCAGACCUUCAUCUCUCUACUGCAGGCUGUGAGGUUAGGCAGAUGUUCAGACGAAGUGACCCGCCAGCUCAGGGCCACAGCUGCCCAUAAGGUGGGACGAGAUGGAAUUGUAGCCACGAGACUAUGUACCCAUCAGGAUGAUGUGGCCCUGACCAACGAGAAGCGGCUGAAGGCACUGCCAGGUGAUGUACACAGCUUUGAGGCUAUAGACAGUGACCCUGAGCUAAGCCGGACCCUGGAUGCUCAGUGCCCUGUUAGCCGUGUCCUUCAGUUAAAGCUGGGGGCUCAGGUCAUGCUGGUGAAGAACUUGGCAGUGUCUCGGGGCCUGGUGAACGGUGCCCGAGGGGUAGUAGUUGGAUUUGAGUCCGAAGGGAGAGGGCUCCCCCGGGUACGGUUCCUGUGUGGCAUCACUGAGGUCAUCCGCACUGACCGCUGGACAGUACAGGUCACUGGGGGACAGUACAUCAGCCGGCAACAGCUUCCCCUACAGCUGGCCUGGGCCAUAUCCAUCCACAAAAGCCAGGGCAUGUCUCUGGACUGUGUGGAGAUCUCUCUGGGCCGUGUGUUUGCCAGUGGUCAAGCCUAUGUGGCCCUCUCCCGGGCCCGUAGCCUCCAGGGUCUACGUGUACUGGAUUUCGACCCCACAGUGGUUCGAUGUGACUCCCGAGUGCUGCAUUUCUAUGCCACCCUGUGGCAGAGCAGGGGCCUCAGUCUGGAGUCCCAAGACGAUGAGGAAACAAACUCAGACCUGGAGAACACGGCCCCAAACCUCUGA